UCCAGCUCACUUUCCAUUCAGCUUGCACUCACACACACAUACUCACCGGAGCGCUGCCAAAGCAUUGCUCAGCAUUUCACACACACACACACACACACACACACACACACACACACACACACACACACACACACACACACACAGAGUCUGAACAUACCUCAAACCUAAACCUCACUCAGCCCAACACACACUGUAGCUUAAAUUAGUCUCUCUCUCUCUCUCUCUCUCUCUCUCUCACACACACACACACACACACACACAUAGACACACGUGGUUAUACUCUUCCAUCCAGGCAGCAUGUCAGUGUUGAGGAUUGUCCAGGUGGUGUUGGCGUGUCUGGUGCUUUCGGCGGGUGUGGUGAUGCCGGAGCUUUACAACGAUGGCUUCGAGGUCAACUUUGGCGAGUCGUAUUACAACGAGAUCGACGAGGGAGAGCCGAGCGAGGCGGAGGCCCCCACUGAUGCUCCCUGCACGGCCCCCGAGUUCAACAAGUGGGACAAGCUCUUCACCAUGCUGGAGAACUCACAGAUGAAGGAGAACAUGCUGCUGCAGUACUCGGAUGACAUCGUGAAGGUGGGCCUGCAGUCUCUGCGCACCGAGGUGCUGGAGAUCUUAGCUCAGAAUGGUGCGGCUUGCGUGUCUGCUGUGGAGAACUCAGCACAUCAAGCCAGAACACACACCGAGACGAAAAUCCUGCAGGCCCUGGAACGGCUUCAUGACACCACGGCACAACAUCAGGCACGGCAUGAAGCAGCACUGGAGCAGAUCCUGGUGGCCACUCAGGAACAGGUGACACAGCUCAAUAAGGUGGAGAGAAACUGCAUACAUGACCGGGUCAAGAGUUUCCAGACUAGAGAUCUGGAAAAGGAAGACCAAAGACAGCUGCAUGCCAUCUCUGCUGAGCUGCAAAGCCUAGAAGAGACGCUGGACUUCUACAUCAGUUCCAGAGCUGGUCAAAUACUGCCCGCAGGCUGUGACAUGGGCCUCUUCUUCCCUAUGCGCUCUCCAAAGAUGCAUGCUGAGGUAAUUCCUGAGCGCUCCAUGAAGACCCAUGCCUUCACCGUAUGCCUGUGGAUUAAACCAACCCAACUGCAUAACAAGACCACGCUGUUCUCCUACGGCACCACGACCAACCCGCUGGAGUUGCAGCUCCUGCUCAGUGGGCGUAGCGCCCUCUUCACGGUAAGAGGUGAAGCACAUUUAGUGGAGGCACGCAAUGCUGCAACCGAGGGAUUGUGGCUGCACUUGUGUGGGACCUGGAGCUCCGACCAGGGCCUGGCAUCGCUGUGGGUAAACGGCAACAGAGAAGCAAGUUCUCCUGGUGUCGCCGAAGGGCAUGAGAUCCCUGCUGAUGGUGUCACCAUCCUCGGCCAGGAGUACACCGGUAAAGGUGAAGGUCUGGCCAAGAGAUUUGGCUUGCAGGAGAUGUUCAACGCUGACGAGGCAUUUACUGGGAAGCUGACUGGCGUAAACGCAUGGGACCGCGUUCUAGAUGAGGAUGAGAUUUCCAAGCAAGCGAUGGUGAACGGAAGGACCUGUGGUUCCCAUGGCAAUCUGGUAGCCUGGGGGGUGUCUCAGAUUGUGGAAAGAGGAGGCGUCAAACUCAUCUACUAGCUGCUCGAUUAAAGGAAACAAAAACCUGCACGAGAACUUUUAAACUUCAAAACACACGAGUAUCCCGCUGUACUACAAUUAUUACACUAUCACUACCACAUCCUGCUUAGAUCAGUGAAACCGGCUCGCCUGUGGGGCAACUGUCUGCAUUUUUAAUCAAAUAAGGACCAUGUUCUCAAAGCUUCAUCAACCCAAAUCUGAAAACAACCCGUGUAAUCUUAUAGUAUUUAUCACAAUGUUUACAUUCUGCUAACAAACGUUUUGUCCCAUAAUCUUUCGAAACUACUUUUUUUAAUGACGUAACUUGUUUUUCCUUUGUUGAUCUUUGUUUAACGCAAAGACGUUCACUAUGUUUUGCUAAAGGAAUUGUGUAAAAUGUUUACAAAGUCCUCUCGGGACUUUACCUUUGUUCUGUUAAUGUGAGGAAAUGUACUAUACUGUAUUUUUGUUAAGAAGAUGAAAUGAACCUAUAUUGUAUAUAGAUUUUUUUUUUGUCUAUUACUGAAGGAGUGAAAUGGUGGAAUUUAAUAAAGAAAAUUAUUAAAUGGA